CUUCGUCUUCGUACUCUUGCCUUCCUGCCUGACUUCAAUCAUACUUCACUCACCCUUGCCUCACUCACACCUCAUCUCGAGAAGAACAGCACCGAAGCACCGAAGCACCAAACAGAAUCGAGAGCAGGGGCCAUGUGCCUGCUAGUCUCCGAGAUUGCGGAUACACCUUCAUCUGGAUAGUUCUGGGCCGAUUGCUUGGGAACUGGGAACUGGAACCUUACCAACCAUUAGAUACCUACCUACUUACCUGGGUACUUAAAAAAAAGGGCCCCCUCCCAACGAGCUGGAGCUGGGACAUUGGACUAAGCGCCCAGCGUCAGCAGCGCAGAAUUAUCCUGACCAUCACCCUACCUACCACCUAUCUACCUUAGCUGUCCUUCCUUUGCGCAGCAUAUUAUUGCUUUUGUUUUCUUUUUGCUUCUUCCUGCGCACUUCUUCUCUCUUACCUCCCUCGCCGUACGGAUACUUGGCCUUGCAAUAAUCUUUUCCCUUUCUCUACAGCUUGAUCGUAUUUCUUGCUCUUCCCCUUCACCUCACUCACUCCCAGCCCACCUACACGCCUGGCCGACAGUCGCAUAGUUGCUCCUCUUGCAUGUACUCUCCCUUCAGAUGAUGCGACGUUGCGGCCGACACUCCUUUUCGCAACGAACCUCCCGCCGACCUUGCCCCUGCUGACGGCGACCGACCUGCGAUUCACCUGCUCUUGGCCGCGGACCGAUGCUCUCACUGCGCGCAACACUCCCGACGACUACGUAAUCAUUCGCAACAGUACCAGCCAUGUGGCGGAGAACAUACCUGUUCCUGGUGUUGAUCCGGCUGUGGUUUGCGCUGUCGCCCAGCUACCUUCACCCCGACGAGAAUUUCCAAGGCCCAGAGGUCAUUGCAGGCCAAAUCUUUAGCUACCCGGUCCGACACACCUGGGAAUUCACAAACGACCAUCCGAUACGAAGCGUCUUCCCAUUAUGGCCUGUGUAUGGUCUGCCUAUGCUGCUGCUGCGAUGGCUGUGGAUCGGCAACGGCAAGGACGGAGAGAUCCCUCCCAUCGCAGUCUUUUGGACCCUGCGAGUGCUCAUGUUUGUUACUAGCUUCGUGCUGGAGGACUGGGCCAUUCAUGAGCUCAUCAGCUCCCCACGCCACCGUCGCGUUGCUGUGCUUCUUGUUGCUUCGUCCUAUGUCACUUGGACCUACCAAACACACACCUUCUCGAACUCGGUCGAAUGUCUGGUCGUUGCAUGGUGCUUGGUCUUGAUCCAGCGCAUUGUCGAGAGUCCGCAACAAUCAUCACUUCUUGCUUCUUCGAUUCUCGGCAUAGUGGCCGUAUUUGGAUUGUUCAAUAGGAUUACUUUCCCGGCAUUCUUGUUGAUUCCUGGAUUCCGCUUGAUACCCCAUUUUAUCAAUCGGCCCCUUUCUUUCACCGUCAUGGUGCUGGCCGCUCUCACAACCACAUUGGUCGCCAUCACCCUGGAUACGGCAUUUUACCUCCCUGAGCCCAUAAAGUGGACAGACCUUGUCUCCCGACCAGUCGUCACGCCACUCAACAACCUCCUCUACAACAUUGACUCAGACAACCUUGCACAGCAUGGCCUGCACCCCUGGUACCAGCAUCUGCUGGUCAACAUCCCCAUGUUGAUCGGCCCGGCGGCGGUUCUGCUCUUCACUCAGCCGCACGUGUCGCUUCGACUCUACUCGGCCAUCUCGGGCGUCUUCGUCCUGUCUAUUUUCCAGCACCAAGAAGCCCGGUUCCUGUUGCCGACUGUCCCGCUCAUUCUUUCGUCAGUCCACGUGCCCAGAAGCCGUACCCUUCUCCGAGUAUGGAUCGGCGCCUGGAUUCUCUUCAACCUUUUCUUUGGCAUCCUGAUGGGCGUUUACCACCAGGGCGGCAUAGUGCCGGGCCAGGUCUUUUUGAGCAAGCAGCCGGAUGCGACGCAGGCCGUUUGGUGGAAGACUUACACGCCGCCCAUAUGGUUACUGAAUGGCAAAAACGAGGUCCUCACCACACGCGAUGUUAUGGGCAUGAAGGGCGACGCGCUUCUCGAGGAGCUCACCAAGCUCGCGACGUGCGAUACGCCCGCCGAUCGACGCAACUCAGAGUAUCUGAAGGAGAAGAACGGCACAUACCUGAUGGCGCCGGCUUCGGCGACGUGGAUCGACCCCUACCUCUCUAACAAGGGACUCAAGGGCCUGCGGUUCCGUGAGGUCUGGCGAUACAGACAACACCUGAACCUCGACGAUCUUGAUUUCGGCGACGACGGCAUCUGGAACACCUUGGCGCGGGUGGUUGGCAGACGCGGUCUCGUCGCCUGGCGGGUGACGAAGAGCUGCAAAUGAAGGCCGGGGCACAGACCAGAAAAAAGUAAUGAUUGAAAAGAAUUUGAACGUUUGAUGACAAACCCCUCUCCGAUCUGAAGCUGGAGUGAAAUUGGUAUCGUACAUGUACCCCCCACAGCCUGAACCGUAUCCCAAAGACGCCGAGAGCGCCGUUUUGUCGUCGCCCGUUUUGAUCCCACUACAGUCCAUUCCGGGGUUGUUCUUGGUUUUUCUCUCUUGCUUUUUUCUCUGAGACGCAGAGGUUCGUUAGUCGUCCCGUUUCAUAGGCUACUCCCCAUAUCUUGAUCAGCAGCGGGACUCUCCAGCGCGAACCCGAGCGCCCCAUGACGCCACUACUCUUCUCCCUGACACACGCUUCCCACCGCCAGUACCCUUCAUCAUCUUGCCGGCCAUUUCUCUUCCAGAUCCAACCGUUCUUUGACGUCUGAC